AUGCUUUUUCUAUUUAUUCUUAUCGUCUCACCAUUAUUAUCGUAUUCAUCAAUAUCUGAUGAAUGGCAUUCGAAAUCUCAAUGUACUCAAAAAGAAUUUGCUAAUCAUAUGGAUAUUAGCUGUAAUUCUAAUGAAUUUAUUCUAAUUGGCUGGUCACAUUAUGGAACGAAAAAACCUGGAGGAAUACGUUCAUUGACAAAACAAGAACAGCAGUCACAACAAAGGUGUGAACCAUCUGAAAGUGAUUGCAUUAUGGAUUAUACACAUAAAAUAGCUGAACUUUGUAAUGGUGUAUCAAAAUGUGAAGUUAUUCUCACUCAACAAUUUAUUCAUAAAUGUUCCGAUGAAGCUACUUAUUUAUUUAUCUCUUAUCAAUGUAUUAAUAAUUCAACUAUUGUUGAUGUAUGUGCAAAAUCAAGUAUGAUAUCAUCAAAUGGUCUUAAUCUUAUUAGUCCAUUAUUUCCUAAUGAAUAUCCAAAUAAUGUUAAUUGUACAUGUACAAUCGAACCCAUAGAAUUAAAUAAACAAUCAUUACCAAUCAAUAUCGAUGCUGAGAGUCUUUCAUUUAAUUUACAAGAUAAUGAUUAUUUAUCAUCAUCGAAAUCUUUGUCUUUAUCUGGCACGAUUCCAUUUGGUGCUUCUCUAUUUAAUGAAAAAACUUUUCUUCGUCUUACAUUUACAACGGAUGAAACAUUAAGUCAAUCUGGCUUUUGGAUUCGUUUACAUGGCUAUUAUCAAUGUAAUCAUGACGAAUAUUCACUUGGUUCGAAAUGUAUAAAAAUCUUUCAACAAAAACAAACAUGGAAUAAUGCACAAGAAAAAUGUUUAUCAAUCGGUUCACGUUUAAUGCAUUUACAUGAUAUUGUUCAAGAAAAAAAAUUAGCAUAUUUUCUUUUAACAAACUAUGAACAACAACAAACAUCCUUUUGGAUAUCUGAUGCAAAAGAGAAAUAUGAUAUUCAUUCAUGGUGGCCUUGGCGUUUAUCUAUAAAUGAAGGCAAAUGUGUUUUACGUACUCACGAUGGUUGGACUAAAAGACCGUGUGAUGAAUUGCAAUCGUUUAUAUGCGAAAGAGAUAUUAAUCGACAAUCAAUACCCCUAGCUGUUCGUUGUGGUAAUGCUCAAGCUCCUCUAUCGUCUACUAUCAUUACAACAACAACAACAUCAUCAUCAUCACCACCACCACCACCACCACCACCACCAUCAACAACAAUAAUUACGACUAGUAAUAGACAUCCAACUGUUUCGUUUAUUCAACCUCCUAUUGUAGAGACAGAAUUUCCAUCACCCAUUCAUAAACAACAUUAUUUUACUUCAACAGUAACUCCAUCGAUUAAUACUGAACAUAUAGAAACAGUAAUCGAAACAAAAUCAAAUUCAAUUGAUCCAAAUAUUCUUGCAGCUGUACUAGGUGGUAUAGCACUUGCUAUCUUUUCUGUAAAUAUCAUUAUUUGUUAUAUAUGUAAAAGACGUACAAAAAAAACAUCAAAAUGUAAAACACCAAUUGAAUCUCAAUCAUCAUUUACUCAUGAAGAAUUACAACGUAGUCUUAUGCAACAUUUAUAUCAUGAACAAACGAAUACUAUCUCAUCGACAUCAACAUCAUCGUCUUCUUCAAAACAUUCACAAUCAAAGUCGAAUGAUACGUCCACAACAACAACGGCGAAUGCUAAUCUUUUGCAAUUAUGUUCUCCACCUCAUACAUCGAAUUCAUCACAGUCAUAUAUGACUCGUUCAAAUGUGGCUGCGACAGCAUUAUGUUUUCGAAAUCCACAUGCUGCUAUACAAAAUAAUGGCGAUCCAGUUGAUUAUCAUUUCUAUGAAACAAUACCAUCAGAAAAUACAAAUUAUAAUAUUUGUGCUACACAUAGCGCCUUUAAACCUGUACUUCAAUCAAAUUCACACACAAUUCGACCAUUUCUUCCACGAACAAAUAUUUUUUAUCAUCCUCCAGGCUCUACAAAACAGUUCUAUGAUACAACACCAUCAGCUGCGACGACUUCUGCCGUUUUAAUGCCUGUUUGUUGCCAUCAUCAUUUAUCACAGUGUUCAACAGGAACAUUAAGACAUCAUGCAUCUUCACGUAUAAUUCCACCACCGCCGCCACCACCACCAAUGCUUACAGACGAGCAGACUUAUAUGGGCUCGGAGAGUAUCGUAUAA